CGCAAUCGUAUCGAGUUCUACAGAACUGUCUGAGAAACAAAGCUUCUUCGUAUUUAUAUCGUUUCUGGCAUUGAAUUUCAAAAUUCUGACAUAGCCAACGACAGUGAGAGACAGAGUUAUUGUUUCGAAAGCAAGCAAAAUGAAAAUUUCCAUUUAAUCUGUCUGUUAAGCAUGCAUUUAUUUGUAAUCAGACAGUCUGGAGCCGAUUCCAAGUAUUACAAAAAACAUACAAACAUUUUGAUUCUUUUGAAUCCGACGGAAUAUUGAUAUCACAAAAUCUUUUCUUCUUUAUCGCGUAUUGGUUUAUUAAACGAUUUAAGUGCAUGCGGUUAAACAGUUGUUUGCACUCAAUCUAAAUAUCUUCACAUCGAAGAAGUGAACACAUUUUCUGCAAAUCAUUAUUCAUCUGUAUCACAUUGAAAAUGUGUGCUAUUUAGCUGAAUUGUUGCCCAUAAAUGUGUUAUGGAAUAAUAAGCGAGUGGCGCGAUCGUCGGCUGAUGGAAAAUAACUAAUUUAGACUAAGGUUUCAUCAUACCCCAACGAGUUGUGUCGGCGUUGAUGGCAUUCUCUGCCGUAGCUUUAGCGUAUAUGCUACGUAUAUCGUUGUCGUAUGCGAUCACUCAAAUGGUUAUACCACCCCAUGCACAUGAAAAUGGUUCGAUUAUUACGAAUCCAGAUGUUUGCCCACCGUACGAAGAUGAAUUGGUUGCCAUUGAAAACAAUCAACCGAUACCGACCGUCGUUUCAGUGACCACAGAUCGCUAUGAUUGGUCGCAAGAGCUGCAAGGAUUAAUUUUGUCAUCAUUCUAUUGGGGCUAUAUACUGACUCAUGUUCCAGGAGGACUGCUGUCGGCCAAAGUUGGCGGAAAAUACACUCUAUUGCUUGGUGUUGUAAUCGCUACCGUUUUUACAGUGUUUACACCAAUGGGUAUCUCCUAUGGUGGAAGUACAGUGUUGAUCAUAUUCCGUAUUAUAAUUGGGAUGGGAGAAGGCAUUAUAUUUCCGAGUUGCAAUACAUUGCUUGCGGCGUGGACCCCUUUGAAAGAGCGCAGCAUCACAGCAACUGUUGUAUAUUCUGGUGGAAUGUUGGGUUCGAUUUUCGGAUCGUCGAUUUCUGGUUUGCUCAUCAGUAACUACGGCUGGACAUCAGUUUUCUAUUGGUUUGGAGGAGCCGCAAUCAUUUGGUGUAUAAUCUUUUACUUCAUUUGCUACAAUAAUCCUGAAAGUCAUCCGUUCAUAACAGAAAAAGAAAAGCAGUAUUUAACCCGUGAGCUUGGCGAAUUGAAACGACGCGACGAUCUACCGUCAACACCGUGGCGUAAAUUAUUGACAUGCCCCGCUGUGAUAGCGUUAAUAUUUGCACAAAUCGGUCACAAUUGGGGACUUUUCAUUAUUAUCAACGAUUUGCCAAAGUACAUGAAUGACGUUUUGAGAUUUUCCAUCAAGAAAAAUGGACUAUACACAUCGGUGCCGUACGUUGUCUUGUGGAUCGUUGCACUAUUCACUGGCGUCUUGAGUGAUUAUCUUAUCAAACGAAAAUAUCUGGGGAUCACCAACUCACGAAAAUUGUUUACGUCAAUUGCCGCUAUCGGGCCAGGAGUUUUUGUUGUGUUAGCUUCCUAUGCUGGAUGUGACCGAGUUGCCGUGGUGGCAAUGUUCACGCUUGGUAUGGGCUUCAUGGGAACAUUCUACUCAGGUAUCAAAGCUAAUAGCUUAGAUAUUGCACCAAACUACGCUGGUGUUAUCAUGGCCAUUGCAAACGGAACCGGAAGUUUGGCAGGCGUCGUUGGACCAUACAUUGUUGGUGUUUUAACACCAAAUUCAUAUUUAACCGAGUGGAGAAUCGUCUUUUGGAUUACUUUCGUGUUAUUUGUCGUUACGACGAUUUUGUACGACAUAUUUGCCUCCGGAGAGAUUCAAGAUUGGAACGACCCAUUAAAAUUGAAAGAACAAAAUACAAAAAGUAAUGGUUCAUCCAGUGAAAAAGUGAAUUCAGUCGAAAGAACGAUAUAGAAAUGUAAAAUAUAUAUGUACAGUAAAUUAAGUGCCCUAUCCUAUUGUCUAUUUGUAAGCUGAAAACACAUCAAUAAAAUAGUACAACGUUAA